AUGACGCCCAGAACCCGUUCAGGCGGUGCCCCCGCGGAGAGCCGUGUCUAUCAUUCAACACCAGCGAAACAGCAAGCACAAUUCCCGGCGCGUAGGAGAGUCGUACGAACAUAUGGAAAGCAGAAUCGCAAGAAACAAGCAGAGACACCCUCGAAAUUACUGCGACAACAAACAUUGACACAAAUCGAUUUUGUGUCUAGUCUCGAAGGACAUGACCCAAUUGUACUCAGUGAUAGUGAACAAGAGGACAUGGGAUCUGCCAAGGAAGACGACGAAAACGAAGAGGGCGAGAAUGCAGAGCCACAAGAGGAAGAAGACGAAGAACCUGUAUCGAGUGGGAGGAAACGACGGGCAGCUUCCAAGAAGGCCUCCGCCAAGAAGGACCGAACGAAACGACGACGAACACUAGGAGAUGAUACCGACGAACAACCCAAGCCGAAGAAGGAAAAGAAAUCGUCCCGACGUAAGACUAUGGGAGAUACACCUACCAGUUCGAACUAUCACACACAAACGUUGACCCAGUUCCUCGGCCGCGAUACACCUCACGCUGAACUGAUCAAGGAUUCCGAAGACGAAGACGAAGAUGAUGGAUUCCAACAGUGGCUGGCAAAUCCAGCGAGUCCAAGCCCGCAGCAUAUUCGAAAAAAGAAAAACGUCUCGCCCGUCAAGACUCCAAAGAUUCUUAAGUCGAUAUUGAAGCGCAGGCCAGAAGAGGCACUCACAGAUAUACCCCCUCCACGUGAGGAGUCUGUUGUACCACAAACACCACAAAAGCAAACGCCCGGAAAGCGAGCCACAUCAGUUGAGAUACCUUCGUCAAGUCAGCUUUCCGCGCCGCCAAGCAUAUCAUCUACGCCUGCUAGUCUCAUGCUCGAUCGUUACGGACCUCCUGAUCGUGCAGAAGCAUCACCGGCCAAAAGAAAGAUGUCAUCACCUGCUGUCCUGUCGCCGCUUAAGGAGCUGAAGGGUAAGCCCCGGACGACCACAACGCCGCGACAGCAUGAGCGCAUUAUUCAAGAUUCUUACGCCACCGACAGUUGGGGUUCAGCUAGCCGUACACCUCUACGGGAACUACCCGUCGACUCGCCAAAUAAAACCCCUAGAACACCGAAAGGCAGCAUUGAGCCGCUGGAAACAUCUUCUGGACUGGACGAGGUGGAGACGCCAACCAAGGCGCGCAGAGGCGUUAGCACCGAACUGGGCGGAAGUCAAAGAAGUGGUAGUCCUACACCAAAAAUGAAGAAAGUGUCGCCCGGCGGCAGCGGUAAGAAGAAGGUUAUGCUGGAAAUACCUGAUUCUGAGGAUGAAGACGAUGAAGACUUUGGCUCUGAUGAGGAUGGUGAAGGGUUUGGCGAUGAAAACGCCGAGAACAACACAUUUGUCGCUGGAGCUGAGACGCAGCUCAUUAUGAGCGAGAUUGCUUCAUCAGAGGAAGAAAUAAUGAGAGCAUCAUCAUCUUCUGCACAGCCAGCGUCUGUUACUACUACUAAGCGACAAGCUUUCGCGACCAUAACUUCAGAAGAGUCUUCUGGGUCGAAUGGACAAGGAUCAAGCACAUCACUGCCACCCCUGAGUUCACGAAAUACAGAACUCCCUCCCCCCUCUUCAACACCCAAAGCCAGGAGCCGUCCAGCAAAGCGCGUUCGCAAUCCCAUCCAUCGUCCCCUCCCACAAACUCAAACCCAGCCGCUGGAAUCUCAGCGUGUACCGUUGGCCACGCUGCAAUCACUGCCGCCUGCAUCUGCUCGCACAGAUGUCCUGCUUCCACUAACUCAAGACAUCAUUGACGAUGUUCUAGAGGGCUACCAGGCUGAUCUCAUCCUCAAUUUCAAGAUACCUGCACAGGUGGUUCGCUUCUGGCUGUACGAUGGGGAAUUAUUGCGCUUUAUGGCAUGCGCUGACCCUGGUCGUGUAACCGAAGGCCCAGCUUGGCGUUACCAUCUGACCCAAGUUUAUGAGCUGAACAACCCAGUUGAGGGUGACGAUAUGCGGGAAGAAGGUUGGAUCGAUGGUGACGUCGGCCGCUACGUUUACUUCCCCCCUGCUAUCGUUAGUCAGUUAUUGUGGAAUUUGCGCCAUGCUCUCUUCAAGGAGGGCGCUUCGCAAGAAGUGCCAACACAGAUUCUAGAUGAAGACGACAGUGCAAGAGUCGAUCUUUUCGCCAACUCGUCACAGCCUCUUCCUCAGGCUAACAAUCCCACACCUACCCCAAGCAUGAGUGUUUCGCAGCAAGUCGAAGCUCAACUCCAGACCGACUUUGCUCAGUCGAUCCAAAUCCCUACAUCGGACGACAUUCUCGUCCCCUCGACUCCCGAGGAAGAGAAUAACGAUAAACAACACACCACUCCCCCAACUACCCACGUCACCUCCUCUCCCACAACUAUUAAGCCUCCGCCUCGCCGAACCCCUCGGGCCUCUCGCGCUCCCCUAAGUAGCGCAUCCAAGUUACCUGCUGUGCGUCCCUCUCAAGCAACCACUGUCUCUCAAGCUUCCACCCCUGAGAAGCAACACUCAUCUUCCAUCCGUCGCCCUCCACUACACUCUUCUAGCAGCAUCGGUCUUCCGGAUAGUCUGCUGGAUGGGGACGAUGAGGAUGCUGCGCUGCGUCUGCCCGAUUACAAUCCAGGCUCUUCGCAGCUGUUGACAAAGAGUCAAAUGCUGCCUGAUAGCCUCUUACGUGAUGAUGCGAGAGUUCCACCCGAGAUUUGGGACUCGGACGAAGAAGAUGAACGACUGUAG